AAAAGUGGGUGGCGCAUCAGGAUAUAAUUUUCUGCGAAUCUUGUACUCUCAAAUAAUUUCAUUAUUUCAGUUUAUAUAGACUGUUUUUUUUAAGAGAUGCAUACAAUUUAUUCUGUAGUUCUAGAACUGUUCAACACGACUUAAACACUGGACAAAAAAGAUUAUACUAAAUCAAGGACAUUGAAUAGUUUCCGAUACGAGUGUACCAGAUCAAUGAAAGGACUUUCAUCUUGGGUAUUAAACCGAUCCACGACACCAUUUUGUAAACAGAAUAAAGGAAAGGCCAACUCUAAUUUAAAAAAGAACUAAAGGUUGAAAUAAUUUCUUCGGGAAUCAUCUGGAUCUGAAUAUCAUCUUAUUAGCAUAUAGUGAACUUUUAGAAUUUUUUUUAUUCCUUGGCUUCUGUCAAAAUUAUUCCAUCUGAGGUUUUAGACAAACAAUGGAUUUAAUAAUUGAUAUCGAUUCGGUGAAGGACAAUGUAAAUUCAUCUUUUAGUCAUACCGUAGUUAAUUCUACAAAUGCAGACGGUUCGUUUCUAAACUCGACAGUUCCUGACGAUAGUAUUACAUCAACAAUUUGGUCUGUCGUCGAAGUAAACGACUCCUUAGUAACGGAAUACGAUUCAACACCUACUACGCCAUUUUGGAGUGAUAACUCUACAAAUUCUAAUAACAAAAUGGAGUACCUCGAGGAAUUAAGUCGUAAAACAGCACUAGAACAAUGGCCGGUGAUAAGUUAUAUCGGAAUCUUGAUGAUUGUAGGAUUGGUGGGAAAUUUGUUGGUUCUUUACGUCCAUUUGUUCAAAUUCAAACGGAGUUCUACACGGACAUUUGUGGUAUCUCUUGCCUGUUUCGAUGUACUCAGUUGUGCCAUAGCAAUGCCGGGUGAAAUAUUGGAUAUUCGGUUCGGAUUUGAUUAUCCGAGUGCCGUGUGCUGUAAACUUCUGCGCAGUAUUACAAGUUUCUGUUCGAUAUCUUCCGGUUUUACCCUAAUGGCCGUGAGUUACGACAGGUACAGAAGAAUCUGCAAUCCCUUAAAAAGGCAAAUGGGUCACAAGAAAGCCUCCAUGAUGGUUUUUGUAGCAUCAGCAGCUUCACUCUUCAUAAGUUGGCCACUGGCGUUGUUAAGCGGCUAUAAAACAGUGGAAACGAACAAUCCAAAUAUUACGGGGAUCGAAUGCUCAGUCAGUGAUAAUUAUAGAAAAUCAAAGUUUCCUCUCAUAUACACUAUCUGUUUGUUUCUGGCAUUUAUGUCAGCUUUUGUCGUGAUGACAGUUUUCUACUCUCUGAUUGGUCGUCAAGUAACAAAACAAAGUGCGUUUAGAAAAAGCGUCACCAGUAACCGACAACGCAACCGGACAAUCAGCAGUAAUAUUUCGGAUUCGGACAGAAACGGUCACAGAAUUAGGAAAAUAAGCUCCAAUUCUAUGGGAGGAAUCGCCAUUGAAGAGAACCAAUAUUCUUUCGAAAACGAGUCCGAUUACUCCAUAUCGUAUCCAAGCAAACGAACUUUGAACCGUAAGUCUUCUUUACGCAGUAUCAAUAAGAUCACCAAGAAGAUGCCUGAUGAUAACAGAACACGAAAAAUAACCAUGAUGCUUUUCCUCAUCUCUUUGGUUUUUCUGCUCAGCUUCAUGCCGCACUUGAUUUUAAAAGCCAUACAAGCUCUUAAUAAAGGUUUUGCUCAAAGUACCACCCUUGCCGCUGUAAUACUCUAUAACAUAUUUGUGCGGUCUUUUUUAAUAAAUUCAGUUUCAAAUGCCUUCAUAUACGGAUUCUGUAGUCCAAGGUUUCGUAAAGAGUGUAAAGAUUUAUUUAAGAGAAUAAUAGCACGGCGUAGAACAUUUUCUCUGAAUUCCAAUAGUUUAAAUUGAGAUAAAAACAGGCACAAAAUACUAAAUCAGAAUUAAUUAAACAUUAUGCAGAUUCGGGAUGUGGAUUAACCUUUCCACAAUGGUCUUGUACAUAUUGUUUUUCUUGUGAUAACGUGUCAGAAAUAGGAAAUGACAAAUUGUAUUCAAGUGACAAUUCAAGUUUUAAUAAACAUUUAGGGGAAUAAUCUACAUGUACCUAACGAUCGGUAUAGAUUAUGUACACUAUAUAGUAAAUAAAAUAAAACCAUGCACGAAUAAUCCAAACCAUUAGACAAAAUUCGAAGUCCUAUAAAAACGGUAUAGGCAAAAUAGUGUUAUAAGGCAAAAUAGUGUAAUCAGCAUAUGGACUGUUCACCGUGUACAAAAUACACGACAAACAGUGGUAACAGGUGCCCGGAAGAGUAAGCUUACCCUGCCUGGCGCCACAUAGCUGCACCACUAUAUAGACUACACGUGACCUUGUUUUGUUGUGGGUUUUUUUUUCACCAUCUUGACAAUUAGAAAUGAAUUGUAGAGCAUAUAUUUUGUUUCAAAAAAAUAAUUGAAUUAUUUACUAUUUUUUGUAUUAGAUAUUUAUGCUGUAUACUUUUGUAUUUGUAGAAACGUGUUGUAUACUUUUGUAUUUGUAUAAAUGUGUUGUAUAUUUUUAUAGUUGUAUAAACGUGUAAAUAUUUGA